GGCAGCCCUCAUUCCCCUUGCAUUUCACUAGUUGCAAGAAUUCCCUAUCCACCAUUCACCACAAUGAGCCACACUUUUUCUUCCAGCCAGAGGGUCUCCUCUUAUAGACGGACCUUUGGAGGGGGAGCCUCUCCACAAGUUUCUAGAGCUUCCUACUCUGGCCGAGGCUCCUCCAACACCUUGGCCUCCUCAUCCAGGAUCUAUCAAGUAACCAAGAGCUCUCCUGGCUUCUCCACCAUCCGGACCACUCGAAUGGCCCCAGUACGAGCCUAUGCUGGGGAGACCCUGGAUUUUAGUCUAGCUGAUGCCAUGAAUCAGGAGUUUCUUCAAACCCGCACAAAUGAAAAGGCUGAGCUACAGCACCUGAAUGACCGUUUUGCCAGCUACAUAGAGAAGGUGCGCUUCCUGGAACAGCAGAAUCAAACUCUGGUUGUGGAGAUUGAGAAGCUUCGAGGUCGGGAGCCCACUCGUGUGUCUGAGUUAUAUGAAGAGGAAAUGCGGGAACUCCGCAGGCAAGCGGAUAUUGUGACCAACCAAAAGGCACGGGUCGAGGUUGAGAGAGACAACCUGGCUGAUGACUUACAGAAGCUGAAACAGAGGCUGCAAGAAGAAAUUCACCAAAAGGAAGAUGCUGAGAACAACCUGGCAGCAUUUAGAGCGGAUGUGGACGCCGCCACACUGGCCCGUAUUGACCUGGAGAGGCGGAUCGAGUCCCUUCAGGAGGAGAUUGCUUUCUUGAAGAAGAUCCACGAAGAGGAAAUCCGGGAGCUGCAGGCUCAGCUUCAGGAGACCCAUGUACAGGUUGAGAUGGACACAUCCAAGCCAGAUUUAACUGCAGCUCUCCGGGACAUCCGUGCCCAGUAUGAGAACAUAGCCGCCAAGAACAUCCAGGAGGCAGAAGAGUGGUACAAAUCAAAGGUGUCAGACCUUACACAAGCAGCCUCUAAAAACAAUGAUGCUCUGCGUCAGGCCAAGCAAGAGAUGAUGGAGUACCGUCACCAGAUUCAGUCAUACACCUGCGAGAUCGAUUCCCUGAAGGGCACUAAUGAUUCCUUGAUGCGUCAGAUGAGAGAGCUUGAGGAACGCUUUGGUGCUGAGGCAGGUGGCUACCAGGACUCCAUUAGUCGUCUGGAGGCAGAGAUUGUCAGUUUGAAAGAUGAAAUGGCCCGUCACCUGCGUGAAUACCAGGACCUCCUCAAUGUGAAGAUGGCACUAGAUGUGGAGAUCGCCACCUACAGGAAACUGCUGGAAGGAGAGGAGAGCAGGAUUACCAUUCCUGUGCAGCCCUUCGCCAGCCUGACUUUCAGAGAGACCAGUCCUGAGCAGCAGGUCCACACCAAGAAGACAGUACUCAUCAAGACCAUCGAGACCCGCGAUGGGGAGCAGGAUGUGCUUUAAUUGAACCUGAGGCUACUGGCCAGCGUUGUGAGUGAGUCCACUCAGCACCAACAAGAUGCAGUUUAAAACCAAAUGUGGUGAAACAAAGACAUAGAGCACUGAACAAAGCAAAGUCCUCACACACACACACAACAUGCAUAAAGACAGAAAUGGAAAUGAGAAAGAGGAAUGUAUAAGAUGAUGGCCAAAACCGCUGGAGAGAAGGGGGCUGAUUACUGGAAGUGUACCAUGGAUCACAAGAAGGAGAUCUGUAGCAUUCUUUUUAUGCAACCAAUAAUAAGCAAUAAACCUAUUCUUCACAGA